AUGGUCCGCACUCAGUAUUCCUCACUCAUUCGCGUGUUGCGUGCUGAUUCUGCUGCUCCUGCCCCACCCUACCCCGGCCGCCCCUGCUCUGCCCCUGCCCCGGCCGCCCCUGCCCUGCCCUGGCACCCCGCCGCGGCCCUGCUCCACCCCGGCCGCCCCCGCCCCGCCCCGGCCAUGGCCGCGCGUGAGCUCCGGCCGCCGCCCGCUCCAGCUCCGGUCCGGCCGCCCCCGCCCGCUCCGGCCGGCCGCGCCCCGCUCCCCGCCCCGGCGCGCGCGAGCCACGGCCGGCCGCGCCCGCACCGGCUGCGCCCGCUCUCCUGCCCGGCCGCCGCCGGCCCAGCCACGCCCGCUCCGGCCGUCCCCACGCCGGCCGCGCCCGCUCCCGCUCUGGACGCCCGCCAUGGCCGCCGCCCGCUCCAGUGCGCAGAAGCAGUUGCUAGCUGA